UCGAAACUACCUUCUCCACCGAGCGCGUAACUGGCUUAUCACGCUAUUCUCGUCCUGGACUCGAAUCAAUAAUCUCGUUAAGGCCGCACGCCGCGUGAGAUGGCUACAAAGGAGGAUCGGGAGACUCUGAGGCUGCUCGUGCAGCAUGUCUCGCGUGCUUUUUACGAACCAAAGUACACGAUCAUCAUGGACCAGCUAGCGCGCAACAUGGUCCUCAAAGACGACGAUCUUGCUGGUCGGAUGGGGCUGCAGCCGAAGGAACUGAACAAGGUCAUCGCGACAUUGUCCAAUGAUAGACUGGUGCAAAUAUACAGGCAAAACGAGCUCCGGGAGGGAGCGCAGCGUGCUACGGCCAAGCAGUAUUACUUCAUCGACUAUGAGCAUUUCUGCAAUGUCGUCAAGUGGAGGAUAGCGAAGAUGAGAAAGCAAAUCGACACGAAAGCCCGGAAUGAGCUCGAUAACAAGGGCUACAUCUGUCCGCAGUGCAAGGCUUCCUAUACGCCACUCGACGUUGCCAACCUCAUGGACGUGACACUCAAUCUGCUCAUUUGCGAGAUAUGCCAUGCUGAGGUCAUCGACAACGAAGACAUUGACCUGGUGACUGGAACGAAGGACCGUAUGCAACGUUUCAAUCAUCAAAUGCGAUUCAUACGAGCCGGCCUACAGAAGAGCGAGGACAUGGUAUUACCUGCCUUCGACGUGGCGGCCUGGGUGAAGAGCCACCAGCCUGAUCAAUCAAAGAAGGAGACGACGGAGGCUGGCUCAGAGCUCAAGUUUGCGGGUUCAGACGGAGUCCAACGCAAAGACGACGGGGUCGGCAUCGUCAUCUCAACAGAUCAGGAUGAAGCUACACGUCGCCGGGAGCGAGACGAGAAGGCGCAGGCGAAACGGCAACAGAACUUGUUGCCCGAGUGGAUCAAAGCCAGUACCGUUUCUGGGCAGAUGACGGCCGUUGGUAUCAAAGAGCUUGCUCGUGCUGCCGCAGCGAAGGAGGCAUCGGGGGCCUCGUCGGCGUCGAGUUCCAACGACGACAUCUUGCGCGGCUUGGGCAUCGUUGGGGAUAACAGUUCGCGAGGAAAGGGCAACAUCCGUCCAGCUAUGAUGACGAAUGAUGCGGUCGAUGUGAAGCCUGUGAUUGACCACGAAGCUCAAUACUGGGACAAUUACUAUGCGAAUCUGGGGACAUCUGCCCAGGCGACACCAGCAAGUCUGGGCGCACCUACUGGCUCUGAUUUCGGUGUGGAUGAAGAAGACGAUAUCAAACCCAAUAUCGAAUACCUCGACUCUCUUAACGAGUACAGAAAACGAUCUCGUUCGAAUGAAGGAGUGGUGGACACACCGAAUAAAACACCAAAGCUGGAGUCGAGCGCACCGGAAUUCGCCAUCGUUCCGACAGUCGAGCAGAUUCCAAUGGAACCAGAAGUACCAAGGGAGGAUCCUAUCGUGUAUGUCAAUGGCACCCCCAUGACUUUUUCGCAAGUCACAGAGGCGGAGCACGAUUUGAUGACGCCAGACGAGUAUACCGCAUACUUCCAGGUCAUGCAGGACAUGGAGCAGUAGUCGGUAGGAUUCGGUCAGCAUGUCGUGGGAUGUACUGGUAUCCGACAUACAUGCGGACGAAUGGCACUUGCAGCAACUCAUGCCCACAUCGGGCAAUGCUCACAUCAACACACUGGUGAACUCGACAAGAGGAAGGUCAUUCACAAAGCUCUAUCCGGCCAGUGGGCACAAGCGGAUUACCGGGGUAAUCAGGUUCAGUUGCAAGCACUUCGCAUUGUUUACGCGCACAGAGUGGGGAGUACCGGUCUAGCAACAGUGUAUUGGCAGUUCAGAGGAAAAGGUAGAACGUCUAGCUGCGCAAAUUGAGUGUGUUCCAAAAGGAUAGCACAUGAAACACCCACCGAGAAAUCGUCAGUCGGCCUGGAUAAUACGUUUCCGAGUCAUGAUGCGGUGAGAGCUAGGCUUACCCUGCAAGCCAUCCCGGUGGUAAUACUCCCUGGCGAGUUCGGACGUCUAGAACCUAGGUACAAUGCUAUCAGCAGCGCUUUCUACACUCUCCAGCCUACUCCAUACUGGAACUCCUCACAAAUCCGGGGAACAGGCUGGGAUAGUAUAUGGGUCUGUCAGGGCCUAAUUAUGGUUGCAUAGUGUAGCGGCUCAUCACACAAGAUUUUGAUGCUCAUUCGUCACGGGCUGUCAAUUCUUGAGAUCCCGGUUCGACCCCGGGUGCGACCUAUUUACUCCCUUCUAGGGUCCCACCCCUGGUUCGGUUCUUACGAUUCCGAAUGGGAUCUUUUUGUACUCGAAUUUGUUAUCG